AUGAGUUGGACGGUGAAGAGUUUGGUGCUCCCCUUGGUGCUGCUGUGCUUGUGGGGGCUGCAAGAAGGAGCACAAGCCUGCUGGUGCCCUCCUGUGCAUCCACAGACGGCGUUUUGCCAAGCAGAUUUCGUCCUCAAGGCGAAGGUGCUUGCAAAGGAAGACGUUGGUAUAUUCGUCAAGAAUGACAUCAAACAGCUCCAGGUCGUGAAGAUGUUCAAGGGCGCCCACGUGGAUAUCGGUGCCAUCUACACUACAACAGACCCUGGAGCCUGUGCACUGACUCUCAGCACUGGUGUAGAAUAUCUUCUCUCGGGCAGACUGGCGCCUGAUGGGUUGCCACAUGUUGUGUCGUGUGACUUCUUGGCCCCCUGGGACAGCCUGACUGCCUGCCAGAAGACCAACUUGGUACAUGGGUAUCGCAAGGGCUGCGACUGCCAGGCGCAGCAGAGCAGCUGA